AUGUCUGGACGUGGAAAGCAGGGUGGUAAGGCUCGCGCUAAGGCAAAGACCCGCUCUUCGAGAGCUGGCCUUCAGUUUCCUGUGGGCCGUGUCCACCGUCUGCUCCGCAAGGGGAACUACUCCGAACGCGUGGGCGCUGGCGCUCCUGUCUACUUGGCGGCAGUGUUGGAGUAUCUGACGGCCGAAAUUCUGGAGCUGGCGGGCAAUGCUGCACGCGACAACAAGAAGACGCGCAUCAUCCCUCGUCACUUGCAGCUGGCCAUUCGCAAUGACGAGGAACUCAACAAACUGCUGGGCCGCGUGACCAUCGCACAAGGCGGAGUCCUGCCCAAUAUCCAGGCGGUGCUGCUGCCCAAGAAGACUGAAAGCCACCACAAGGCCAAGGGCAAGUAA